GCUCAGUGGAGGUUUAUGCAGGAGGAGUGGCCAGCUAUAAAGAAAGCCAAGUUUCAUCGCACAGAGAUGAAAGAGAUCUCUGACGUAACACACGUCAAGUCAAUGGUGCUUGACCGUCUAGGAUUCAUCCCUACGUUCUUUUUUUGCGCUGAUCACAGGAGAUUCAUUGUCUACAAUGUAGACGGACAUGACACAGGAGUCAGCUACAUCGGUGCUGACAAGCCAAGUCUCUACUCUUAUAAACUCAAGAAGUCGGGUUUUCGUAUUCAAGUGUGUUCAGACAUGAACAAUAUCAUACUGUUUGCAUCCAAGCCAGCUCCUUGUCGAGAUUUCAAUGAUAGGACUAUGCUAGUGAUGAACAUUGCAUCGCACAUACACAAGCUGGACUGUGUUGCUCUUGGCGGUGCUACAGUGCGUUCGUUAGACAAUUUGUCGAACCAUCAGAUGUACUGUCCUACGAGAAUUUCUCUUAUCCUGCGCGCAAGCUUAGAGGGAUCGCCAUGACAGACCAAGAGUUACAUUACAAUAAAGCGUUUGGUGGAUUUCGGUCAAGCAUC